CCAUGCCGUCAGCAAGAGCACAGGGGACAUCAAGUGGACCCUGAAGGAUGAUCCCAUUCUGCAGGUGCCGGUCUAUGUGGCAGAGUGAGUGUCACCCCCACUGGGCAGUGCAGGAGGCUCCCUGAUAAACGAUGGAGCAACAGCAGGAAAGGGGAAACACAGAGAAAUGAAAUGCCCAGCCCAUGCUGUGGCAUCACCUUACCCUGUCCCUGGUGCUGGCACAUGGUGAUGAGGAGGAGCUGGCACCUGCUGCACAGCCAAGGAACUCUCAGCUCGACUACACACACCAGCAUGGAGAGAAAGAGAGGGAAAUCCCCCUGAGAGCUCAGGGGCAGGCGGGGCAGCAAGAGCUCCUUGAGACAGGCAGGGCAUCCACCAGCCUGGUGGGUGGGCACUGGGUGGCUGUGGGAAGUCCAGGACUGACCAGAGCGGGAUUUAUCUCCUGCCAAAUCCAGCGCUGCAGGUGCCCAGGAAAGGUCAAGUCCUGCAGGGACUCACCCUGGAGCAAACUGCUAAAGGGGAUUCUGCAGUGUAGGCACUCUGUGUCCUUGGAGGUGCCCAGGGCAGGGGGUGGCUCACGUUUUAUCUUUCUCUCGUGCUUCCCAGGCCAGCAUUCCUUCCAGACCCCAAUGACGGCAGCCUGUAUAUCCUGGGAGGAAAGAACAAAGAAGGCUUGAUGAAGCUGCCGUUCACCAUCCCGGAGCUGGUGCAGUCCUCGCCGUGCCGCAGCUCGGACGGGGUGCUCUACACCGGGAAGAAGCAGGACAGCUGGUUCAUUGUGGACCCCAAGUCAGGGGAAAAGCAGACCACCCUCUCAACAGAGGCCUGGGAUGGUCUGUGCCCAUCCAGCCCCUUGCUCUACAUCGGACGGACCCAGUAUGUCAUCACCAUGUAUGACACCAAGUCACGGGAGCUGCGCUGGAAUGCCACCUUCUCUGAGUACUCGGCCCCGCUCUGCGAGGAGUCCUACCACUACAAAAUGGCACACUUGGCCUCAAGCGGGGAUGGGCUGGUGGUGACCCUGGACAAGGAGAGUGGGGAGGUCCUGUGGGCGCAGAACUACGGCUCACCUGUGGUUGGCAUCUACCUGUGGCACCAGGACAGCCUGCGCCGCCUGCCCCACCUCAACCUGGCCAUGGAGACCCUGCGCUAUCUGACCUUCCAGUCACAGGACAUCCACGUCCUCAAGUGGAGCUACCAGUCCGUCAAGGACUUCACUGCCACCAAGACCCAGCUGCUGCCGGCGCUCUACGUGGGGAAGCACGCCACCAGUUUCUAUGCUGUGACCUCCCUGGUGCACAGCAGCGUGGCACUGGUGCCCCAGGGCAUCACACUGGCCAGGAUCGACGGCCCCACCACGGACGAGGUGACCAUGAGGGAGUCCGGGGAGUGUGAGAUCACGCCCAGCACGGAUGUCAAGUACCCGCAGGGCAGCAUUGCCUCGCCUCCCAACCAGUGGCUGCUCAUAGGGCACCAUGAGCUGCCUCCUUUGGUCCACACCACGAUGCUGCGAGCCUUCCCAGAGAACCUGAGGAAAACCACGGAAACCAUCAUCCCCAGGGCUCCUCCCAGCAGGACCGUGUUCGACGAUUUCCUGGCCCCGAGCAGCCCGGAGGCGCCAGCUGUCCGCAGCGAGGGGCAGCUCCAGGCAGACCCCGCACUGGGGGAGCAGCUGGAGGUGUACCCCGAGUCUGGCACCUGGGACCUGGUGAUGGCUGGCGUGGGCACAACUCUGCUGGGUGGGGGAAUCCUGGUCCUGCUGCUCAUGAAACUGCAGCGGCAGCAUGUGGCCCAGCAGCAGCAGCUGGAGGAGCAGAUACAGCUCCUGCAGCAGCAGCAGGAGAUGCUGCUCUCGGGCCGAGUCUCCAGGGAGGGCGUCCCUGAGGAGCCCGGGGAGCUGGAGCUGAGCCAGGGAAGUGCCUCAGAGCUCUCACAGGGCUCCAGCCCCUCCACCUGCCUGAAGGACCCGGCUAACGGGACAGUCAGCCCAGAGCCAGCUGUCCCAGGGGCUGCUGAAGAUGCAGAACCAGACCUGGUUGUAGUUGGGAAAGUUUCUUUUAACCCCAAAGAUGUGCUGGGCCAUGGAGCUGGAGGAACCUUUGUCUUCAGGGGGCAGUUCGAGGGCCGCAGUGUGGCCGUGAAGCGCCUCCUGCCCGAGUGCGUGCACCUGCUGGACCGCGAGGUGCGGCUGCUGCGGGAGUCGGACGAGCAUCCCCACGUGGUGCGCUACUUCUGCACGGAGCGGGACCGGCAGUUCCACUACAUCGCCAUCGAGCUGUGCUCCGCCACGCUGCAGGAGUACGUGGAGAGCCCCAGCUUUGAGCGCCGUGGGCUGGACCCGGUGUCCGUGCUGCGUCAGACCAUGUCGGGGCUGGCCCACCUGCACUCCCUCAGCAUCGUGCACCGUGACCUGAAGCCCUGUAACAUCCUCAUCUCUGUCCCGAACCGCCACGGGCAGAUCCGCGCUGUCAUCUCCGACUUCGGCCUUUGCAAGAAGCUUCAGGGGGGCCGGCAGAGCUUCAGCCUCCGCUCCGGGAUCCCCGGCACUGAGGGCUGGAUCGCGCCCGAGGUGCUGCAAGAGGCCCCGAAGGAGAACCCUACCAGUGCUGUGGACAUCUUCUCAGCCGGGUGCAUCUUCUACUACGUGGUGUCGGGGGGCCAGCACCCCUUUGGGGACAGCCUGCGGCGCCAGGCCAACAUCCUGGCGGGCUGCUACCAGCUGAGCUGCCUGCAGGAGGAGGCUCACGACAAGCUCGUUGCGAGGGAGCUGAUUGUGGCGAUGAUCAGCUCCGAGCCCCAGCGCCGGCCCUCGGCCCCUGUGGUCCUUGUGCAUCCCUUUUUCUGGAGUGAGGAGAAGCAGCUGCAGUUCUUCCAGGACGUCAGUGACCGUGUGGAGAAGGAGCCAGCCGAGGGGCCCAUCGUCUCAGCCCUGGAAUCGGGGGGACGGGCGGUGGUGAGGACCAACUGGAGGAUGCACAUCUCCCUCCCGCUGCAGAUGGACCUGAGGAAGUUCCGCACCUACAAGGGGGGGUCGGUGCGUGACCUGCUGCGGGCCAUGAGGAACAAGAAGCACCACUACCACGAGCUGCCGGCCGACGUGCGGGUGGCCCUGGGCUCCGUCCCCGAGGGCUUCGUGCAGUACUUCACCUCCCGCUUCCCGCGGCUGCUGCUGCACACGCACGGAGCCAUGCGGGUCUGUGCCCACGAGCGCACCUUCCGCUCCUACUACUGCCAGGGCCUGAGGGGCGACGGCGCCUGAGGGCCGCGGGUGCUGCCUGAGGGCCGCGGGUCA